GUUGAGGACGGAGUGUGUGUCAGGGAGAAGGGAGGGUCGGCCCUCUUCUGUAUAAAUUCCUAAUGCAUCUGGACACAUGAGGACUGUGAAGACACCCUGAGCAACAUUUAAACCAGAGAAAAAUACCUGUGAUGGCUCGACAAAACAGUUUCAUUGUCGAUGUGGACUUGAGAAGCCAUGAAAACAACUUGUUUCACCGCACCAGGGAGAUCGAUCGGGAGCGCUUGAUUGUUCGCAGAGGUCAGCCCUUCUCUAUAACUGUGCAGCUCUCGGACUCUCUACCCCACAAACACCAGCUGGAGCUGGUCCUGCGCCUCGGUAAACGAGACGAGGUGGUGAUUAAAGUUCAGAGGCAGCGGGGGACCGGAGACAAGUGGUGGUUUAACCAGCAGGAGGCUCAGAGUGAAAUAUUGUUGACUCUGCACAGUCCAGCAGACGCUAUCAUCGGACAGUAUUAUCUGUCCGUGCUGCUAAUGUCAUUGGAUGGACGCAUCGUAGAGAAAGUGAAUGAAAUCGACUUCCACCUGCUGUUUAACCCGUGGUGUAAAGAUGAUGUUGUCUACCUGCCUGAUGAGAAACUGCUCCACGAGUACGUCAUGAACGAAGAUGGGGUCAUAUUCAUGGGGACCUGGGAUUACAUCAGAAACAUUCCCUGGAAUUACGGACAGUUUGAGGACUUUGUGAUGGACAUUUGUUUUGAAGUCCUGGACAAUUCCCAAGAAGCUCUGCAGAACUUCAAGAUGGACAUUGAGAGAAGAUCUGAUCCUGUCUACAUCAGCAGGAUUAUCACUGCAAUGGUGAAUGCCAAUGGUGACAGGGGUGUAUUGAUUGGGCGCUGGAAGCAACCAUACCUUGAUGGAGUCGCACCAAAUCGAUGGACCGGCAGCGUUCCCAUCCUCAGAAAGUGGAGCAAAGAUGGCAUCAAAGCAGUCAAAUAUGGCCAGUGCUGGGUGUUUGCAGGUGUUGCAUGUACAGUUCUUCGCUGUCUGGGAAUCCCAACACGCCUCAUAACCAACUUCUUCUCAGCCCAUGAUGUGGAUGGGAACCUUUCCAUAGACUUUGUGGAGAACUUUGAGAGCAGAGAGGAAAAGAACGACAGCAGCUGGAACUUCCACUGUUGGGUCGAGUCCUGGAUGAGGAGAGAUGAUCUCCCAAAAGGAAAUGAAGGUUGGCAGGUUUUGGACCCCACGCCUCAAGAACUCAGUGAUGGGGCGUUUUGCUGUGGUCCAUGUCCAGUGUCGGCGAUCAAGGAGGGAAAUCUGGGAGUGAAGUAUGACGCUCCGUUUAUAUUUGCUGAGGUGAACGCUGAUAUCAUCUACUGGAGGUUCCUACCAGGCGGACAGAAGCAGAAGAUCCGUGUGGACCAAAGAUCCGUGGGAAGGAACAUCAGCACCAAAAGCAUUUAUGGCAAUGGAAGAGAAGACGUCACUCUGCUCUACAAGUACCCUGAAGGCUCUAAAGAAGAGAGAGAGGUUUAUAAGAAGGCAGGACGCAGGGUCACCCAUCAUACCGAUGGGACGGUAGCACCACCAAGGCUAAACCUGUUGAUUAAGCAUCCUAACCCUGUGUUUGGAACAAACUUUGAUGUGAUUCUUGAGGUGACGAAUGAAGGAUGUGAUGAUACUAAUGUUCAGCUGACAGUGCACGCCAUAGCUGUCACUUACAACUCACUCCACCAGGGGGAGUGCCAGAGGCAGAAGAACAAUGUGACUGUGUCGGCUCAGAAGGCUCAUAAAGAAGUGCUGCAUUUCCGCUAUGAGGACUACUCCAAAUGUGUCUCUGAGCAUAAUCUGAUCAGGGUGAAAGCACUUGCUGAAGCUCAGGGGGACAGUUUGGCUGUAAUGGCUGUGGCUGACAUCCCACUGAACAUGCCUGAGCUCCACAUUAAGGUUCUUGGAAAGGCUUUUGUUUGGGAACAGUUGACCGCUUAUAUCUCCUUCACAAAUCCUCUGCCAGUCCCCCUGACUGGUGGUGUGUUCACUCUGGAGGGGGCCGGCCUGCUGUCGGAAACUCAGAUCUAUGUUGAGGGUGUUAUUUCUCCACGCCAGAAGGUGUCAGUGAAGAUCUCCUUCACACCGAUGAGGACCGGGGUCAGGACCCUUCUGGUGGACUUUGACUCUGACAGGCUCAAGGACGUCAAGGGAGUCGCCUCCGUGGUUGUUCGAAAGAAAUACAGGAAUAUGAUCCCUGCGUAAAGUGGACGUUUUUAGAUAACUCUUGGGCUGAUGGAAACCAUAACAUCUUGUAGUAGGAGAACCAAUGGGAGUUUCACUUAUAUGUUACAGUGUAGAACAGCUGGACCCACUGAAACACCCUAUAUAGACCUUAUCAUUGAAAAUUGACUUGGUUUGUACUUUGACCACUCGUCUAGUAUUAGUAUGGCUUAAAAUCAUGGUAAAAAGAAGGUAGACCUUUUGCAUAUUUUAGGGUUUUAUUGUAUAAAUAAAGCAAGUUCAGCAACUUCAGCGGCACAAAGUCCCUCCUCAGAUGUUCUGCCAUACCAUAAAAUAUUAAAGAUGGAAAAGUUUGUAAAAAUGUAAUUCAAACCAAACAACCUGGCUAUGUUCAACAUACUUAAAAGAGUUGUACUUUCUUUUUAUGAAAAGUAUAAACAGUCAUAUGCGAUAAAUUAGAAUACUAUUUAAAAGUUCAUUUAGUUCACUAAGUUACACACAUUAUGACACACAGGCUGAUGUUUUCAAUCCUUUUCGCUGUUAACUAUGAUGAUUUUCUGCUCACAACUAAUGAAAGCAUGAUAUUUAAGAUUAGAAUAUUAAAUCAGAGCUAUGAAAAACAUUUUAACACAGAAAUGUGGGCUUAAUGAAAUGUAUGUUUAAUAUCUGCUUAUAGGUUUUACUUUUAAUCUGACAAUCUAACCCCAUCUGAAAACAUAUUCUUAUAUUGUUUUAUCUGUGGUGUUUCUAAUCCCUAGGUUUCUAUACAUACAUAUAUAUAUAUAUAUAUAUAUAUUUUUUUUUUUUAAAAGCAUUUGUCUCCUCCAUCAAAUCUCUUGUGCAUUGCCCUUUCCUUUGACUGGCUGACCCUUGAACCCAUCCACCAGUAGUUUCACAUCUUGCAGCUUCACGUUUUACCUGCUUCCAUUGACUUUUAGUCUUCUCCAGAGCAAGGCUUAUGCACUGCUUUGAGUUGGUCUAUUUUUUAAAACAUUUUAAGCUUCUAACAAGUAUUAUCAAGUUUUCUUACUGGUUUCUGUUUUGUAACCAUUUGUUGUAUUUGUCUAGGCUUUUCCAAGACGUCACUGAAUGAUAAAUUGAUGAAUAAAGAAAACAAAGAAGAAGAUUUUCUCAAUGAAAUUUAAAUAAUUUUUUUUCAGGCAGAUUAACUGUACCAUAUCUGUACUGCUUUUGUUCAGUUCAGAAAACAUGACCUAUUGAUGGUUGUAUUUACACUUUGUAGAGCCAUGCUGUCAUGGUUUAGCCAAACCGGAAACAUCCAGAAAUGUUUUUUGCAAUUUAUUCAGCCUCAGUUGGAGAGUCAUUUCUUCUGUGAACAUGUCAUAAUCACGGGUACACAGCUGUAACACGAUGAAGUAAAAGCUCACUUAUGAUUACUUUUA